CUUCUUUCCAUUUUUUAACACCAAAAUCCUCUGUUCGGUUCCAACUCGUUUUUUUUUCUCUUUUGGAGAUUAAAGAAAAAGAGAGAGAAAGUUAUUUGUAAGCUCUAGUAUAUAUAUAUAUACAUAUAUUGUUUAUACCCCCCCAAAAAAAAAGAGAAGAGAAAAAAGAAAAAACAGAGACUUGCUAUUUUUGGUAACUUUGGUAAGCUCCACUCUCUGAAUGCUAACCCUCCAUAAAGCCAUCAACUCUACCAACCCAACGCUUAGGGUUUGCUUUUUUUGGAAAAUUCACACGUCAUUCACUCUCUCUCUAGGUUCAUUGGAAUUUGAUGCCAGUCAAUCCGAGUUUCGAGGUCUUUGACUUUUGAAGGACGAGUUCCUUUUUGAAGUUUCAGAUGCUCUAGACUUUGAGUGCUGAUUGGUGUAUUUGGUGAUAUGUUAAGGUGAUAUCUAAGCAUAAAGUGAAAGGUGAAAUGAUGACAAACGCUAAGAGUCUUGGUAUGCAUAUGGAGAAAAGACAACAAGGAGGGAAGGAUAGAACUUUAACUGGAAUUGUAAGAGUUUGACCUGAAAAUGGAAUACCCUAUUUCAUCUAAAGAGAAGGGGAUUGAGAAUUGGGCAUCUUCAAGAGCGCAGGUAGAGAGUAUGGCUUCAUUUGAUGGUGGCACUAGGAAUUCGUUGGCAGAGGAUAUGUUCAAUAACAUUUCAGAGUUCAUGGAUUUCGAUAAUUAUGCUGGAUGGUGCGAUAGCUCACCAGCAGUAGAUCAGAUGGCUGCCUCUUAUGGCUUGCCUUCAUAUCCAUCGGUGUCUUACGCGCCUAUGGAUGCCUUCAACUUCACUGAACAGAGUAUUGGGUCACUUCCUGUGGCUGAAGCUGGUGGAGAUUUCAAUUUAGAGAAGGGUCCCCUUAAUUAUGGAGACAAAACUGUGUUUCAGCAAGUGGACAACCAAUAUGGCUUGUCAUCAAAUUCUAAUGUUGCUAAUGAGUCAGUUACAAAACAAAGCGAUGGCUCCUUUCAGCAAAAUAAUGUUGUGGAUGUAGCAAAUUCCAUUAUCUCUAGGCCGCCGGCGGUGUCACUUGAUGAGAAAAUGCUAAAGGCACUAUCCUUGUUUAAAGAGUCUUCUGGCGGGGGAAUUUUGGCGCAAGUCUGGGUUCCCAUGAAGCAUGGUGACCAGUACUUCUUGAGCACUUGUGAACGGCCCUAUUUACUUGAUCAUAUGCUUGCAGGAUAUCGUGAAGUGUCAAGGUUGUAUAGAUUCUCUGCAGAAGGGAAACAAGGCUCUUUCCCAGGGCUUCCUGGCCGUGUGUUUAUGUCCAAAAUUCCAGAGUGGACUUCGAAUGUUGGUUAUUACAGCAAGACUGAGUAUCUGAGGGCAGAUCAUGCACAUAAUCAUCAGGUCCGUGGUUCUAUUGCCCUACCAGUUUUUGAUUCUGAGCCUGAAGUGUCAUGCUGUGCAGUUUUGGAACUUGUCACUACAAAAGAGAAAUCCAAUUUUGACUCAGAGAUGGAAGUUGUUUGUCGCUCACUCCAGGCUGUGAAUUUAAGGACCAGUGUGCCUCCUCGGCUUCUUCCCCAGUGCCUUUCCGAGAACCAAAAAGAUGCAUUAGCUGAGAUUGUUGAUGUUCUACGAGUUGUAUGUCAUGCACAUAGACUACCACUAGCUUUAACAUGGAUUCCAUGUUGUUAUACUGAAGGAGCUGGUAAAGAAAAUAUGGGACUACACGUUAGAGAGGGUAACAAAAGUUCAAAUGGAAAAUCUAUACUUUGCAUUGAGGAAACGGCUUGUUAUGUCAAUGAUAGAGCAAUGCUAGAUUUUGUGCGUUCAUGUGUGGAAAAUUAUCUUGAGGAAGGGCAAGGUUUAGCUGGAAAAGCCCUUCAAUCAAAUGUUCCCUUCUUCUUUCCUGAUGUGAAAACAUAUAAUAUAUAUGAGUAUCCACUUGUUCAUCAUGCACGGAAAUUUGGUUUGAAUGCUGCUGUGGCAAUCAGGCUAAGGAGCACCUACACAGGUGAUGAAGAUUACAUAUUAGAGUUAUUUCUCCCUGUCAACAUGACGGGGGCUUUGGAGCAACAACUUUUGUUAAACAACCUCUCCAGAACCAUGCAGAGAAUAUGCAAGAGCUUGAGAACAGUUUCAGAGACACAAUUAAGUGGGGCAGGAUUCUCUGAUAUUGAAUUUCAGAAGGGAUCAAUUCAAAACUUCCCUAUUAUGUCAAGGGGAAAUUCACAAAAUGCAUUAUCAGAUAGUGAUGUGAAUUCCAUGGAGGGGAUGAUCUUGAAUAUUCCUGACCAAAAGAAUGAGGGAAUUGAAGCAGAUAUUCCUUGUGAACAGGCUGUGGGCGGACCAAGAAGGCAAAUGGAGAAAAAGAGAAAUACAGCAGAGAAAAAUGUGAGCUUGAGUGUCCUCCAGCAAUACUUCUCUGGAAGUCUUAAAGAUGCUGCAAAAAGCAUUGGAGUGUGUCCUACUACACUGAAAAGGAUCUGUAGGCAGCAUGGAAUAUCAAGAUGGCCAUCUCGUAAGAUAAAUAAGGUAAAUCGUUCGUUAAGGAAAAUACAGUCUGUGCUUGAUUCUGUGAAGGGGGUGGAAGGAGGUUUGAAGUUUGACCCAACUACUGGGGAGUUUAUGGCAACAGCCUCUGUAAUCCAAGAUUUUGAUACACAAAAAAAUCUGCUCUUCCCUGAGAAGAUCCAAUCAAUGCGGAACCCAGAGCUGAUUACCCAGCAUGCAGUUCAAGCCACUACAGUGCCUUUUACUGAGGGUGAGGAUUUCGUAAUUAAGCUGGAAGAAGACGAGUAUUGUGUGGGUGGAAACAUCCCGAUUCAAAAUUCUUGUGAGAUGGAAUCCAAGAAGCUUAAUACUCCCAUACUUAAUUCUAAUGGAAGCUCUAUGCCAAUUUCAAUUGAUACUGGAUCAAAUCAACCAUGUACCUUUGUCACCAGGCUUCAGAAUUGUCCUGAAAAUGCUUCCCUUCCUUCUUAUAUUGUAAAAGGAGUAAAGCAACUGAGUCAAAACAAGUACAGUAUGAAAUUAGAGAAUUCUGAUUGGCACUUUGCAUCCCGCAGCUCAAGUUCCAUGGCUGCUGCUGAUGAGAUGGAUGCAGGAGGGGAUGAUGACGAUGGGAUUCUUGAACAUAACCAACCUACUUCUUCAAGCAUGACUGACUCAUCAAAUGGUUCUGGUUCAAUGGUGAACGACUGCUCAUCGGGGUCUCAGGGCUUCGAUGAGCAUAAGCAUCCUAAAGGCAAAAGAAACUGUGUUGAUGGUGAAUCUAAAAUUACAGUGAAAGCUACUUAUAAAGAAGAUACAAUCAGGUUCAAGUUUGAGCCUUCUGCAGGGUGUUUCCAACUGUAUGAGGAAGUCGCACGGCGGUUCAAGUUGCAAAAUGGGACAUUUCAACUCAAGUAUUUAGAUGAUGAAGAGGAAUGGGUGAUGUUGGUGAGUGAAUCGGAUCUGCAGGAGUGUCUUGAGAUAUUAGACGAUAUUGGAACGCGUACUGUGAAGUUCCAAGUUCGCGACAAGCCUUGUGGCCUGAGCAGUUCUGGCAGUAGCAAUUGUUUUUUGACAGGAAGUUCAUAACAGCUCGGAUGAUGAGAUGGAGUUGAAUUUUUCUUUCUACUUUCUUAAAAGUUUUCAUGAUCCUGCUUGGGUUUUGUACUUUGGAUGAGGUCAUGUAAUUAUACUAAGGGGGUAUGAGGGGCAUUUUGGCGAACAUGAUAGGACAGUUAGGUCUGUCCAUUCAUAAUUUGACUGUCUGCCAAAUUAUGAGAUGGGAAAUUACCACUCUUUCAGAUCAAAUUGUCCCUAUAAGCCAAUAAAACUACCAUUUAGAAGUUGGCUGUGCUACUUGCAUGGAUUUGUUAUAUAGUUGGAAAAUUCUGAUGAGGAAGGAAAAUAUGACCCACAUGAAACCCCAUGAAUGUCAAUGUAUAGGUCCUUAUAGAAGUAGAUAUGGAGCAUGUUGUAUUCAUAGCAAAAAUAGGUUGAUGAUGCUCUGCAGAGCUUGAAUAGGAGUCUGUAUAGAUACUAUAUUUAUAUUACAUAAAAAAAAAAAAAAAUCAGUAGUUUUUAUAUGGCU